AUGUCUGUCUCGCAAUGGAAUAUUGCCCCUACGGCGACCUCAAAGAAUGUUACCUGGGCCCGGUUUCUGAACCCGAGGCCCGAGAAAUAUGCUCGCAACUAUUGGAAGGCCUGGCAGUGCUACACAGUCUCAGCAUUGUCCAUCGUGACAUCAAACCAGAGGCAUAAUGUCUUAGUCUUUGAAAAGUCUCCUAUUAAAGUUAAGAUCACAGACUUUGGAGUGAGCAAGCGUGCACUCGAGGGGCAAACAGAGCCCCGAACCGCUUGUGGAACGGCGGGCUUCAUGGCGCCAGAGGUCUUGCAUCUCCUCGAUGAUACGAAAGAGGACUCGUCUUUUACCAGCGCAGUCGACAUCUGGUCCCUUGGGUGCCUGCUCUAUUACGUCCUGACCAAGCAAACCCCCUUCGGCAAUUACGAGUUACUUCGUGGCUAUGCCAAGGGACGCAUGGCGUUCCCUGAGGGACAUUUGAAGGAGAACAACGUGAGCCUUCAGGGAUGCAGUUUCAUCAAGAGACUGUUGGAUCCGCUCCCUGAAGCCCGUCCAUCAGCAUCGGUGGACUUAGAGAGCAGCUGGGCUAUCCCGGACAGUAACGAAGAGUCAAUGGGCCCGGAGCUCCGUAGUACAGGAGAUACCGGUCCAGCGAAUGGCUUUACAUGGGCCCUUAGUAAUUCGACACAAGCAUCAAUCGAUGAUACGCAAUGGGCCGGCCUUCUCGAUAAUACAUUCAAUGGACUUGGUUCGUAUUCAGUCGAUGAGAUGGACUACUUCUCCACGGAACUCUGGAACUUCGUCAAAACAACCCAAACCUUCGACCGAGCCAGUACAGUGAAGCUUCAAGCCCUCCUUACAACACACCCAAGCCUCAAUAGACUGCACAAUGGCUACACAGCUUUGCACAUUGUCUCAGAAUCCGCCUCAGCGGAGUGGGUCGAACUCCUUCUUUCAUACGGCGCCGAUGCCCAAAUUCGUACAGAGCCCGGUCGCGAAACCUCCCUACAACUGUCGACCUUUAAAGGUAACCUGGAAGAGUUUAUGAAGAAGUCAAAGCUACUACUAGCCAUUCGAGCUGUCCGAGACGACAUCGACGCUCAAAACUCCAGUGGCGACACCGCUCUGCAUCUUACAAUUGCCCGCCUGGGAACCGUCCCUGCAAUCCAGCCUUUACUCGAGGCCGAGGCAUCAACGAAUAUCAAGGGGCGACAGGGGCGUACACCACUCUUGUACGCUCUAUAUCUAGAGCAAGAGGCAGUGGCGACAGCAUUAUUAGACAAAGAUUCCGAUCCCCACGCACUUGACAAUCACGGUUUUUCUGCGCUGCACUAUGCCGUCGCAUCUAGGACCAUCAGUAUACAGUUCAUUCAGCGAUUGCUUGACGCCGGUGUCGACGUAAAUUGGAAAGACGAAGACGGGCAUACGCCCUUAUACUUGGCCGCCCAGAAGAACAAACAAGAAGUAAUGCGUCUACUUCUGAACCAUGGCGCGGAUCCCGAACUUGGGAACUCACGAUUGAAUCUACGAAUUAGUCAGAUUCAAUAUGCAGCGAAGUCUAAUAUUGUGGAAAUCAACGACAGUCGUAGUUUUUCUGUUUGGGACGUCCAUGACCUGGAAGCCGUCAUGGCGCCGAUUAACCGGCACGCCCUCGCUACAGCAAAGAUUCCCCUGAGCUAG